AUGUUCAGUUUAUGUACAAUAAUUAUUAUUCUUUUCAUUAAUGAGAUCUAUGAAAUCAAUGGAAAUGUUGAAGCUAAACUUCUUCUACAUGAACUUAUGAAAGAUUAUAACAAAUAUGUUUUACCAGUUCCAUCAGUAAAUCAUAUAGUUAAUGUUUCAUUAGGUUUAAAAUUAUCACAAUUAUCUGAUAUUGAUGAACGAAAUCAAAUAAUGACAACAAAUGUUUGGCUUGAACAUGAAUGGACAGAUUAUAAAUUAACUUGGGAUCCAAGCCAAUACGGUGGAAUUGAAGUUGUUGAAAUUCCAUCAUCUGAUAUUUGGGUACCUGAUGUUGUUUUAUAUAAUAAUGCAGAUGGAACAUAUGAAGUUAAUACAAUAACUAAAGCUCAUGUUCAUUGGAAUGGAACAAUAAAAUGGAAUCCUCCUGUUAUAUAUAAAUCUUAUUGUGCUAUUAAUAUUCAAUAUUAUCCAUUUGAUGAACAAAAAUGUACAUUAAAAUUUGGUACAUGGAGCCACAAUGGAAAUCUAGUUGAUCUUAAUCAUAAAUCAGGACAAAUUGUUGCUGACAUUGGGGUGGAUCUUACUGAUUAUUAUCCAUCUAUUGAAUGGGAUAUUCUUGCAGCUACUGCUGUUCGCCAUGUUGUGUUAUAUGAUUGUUGUAAAGAUGAUCCUUAUUAUGACGUAACAUUCACUAUAGUUAUUCGACGUAAACCACUUUUUUAUAUGGUUAAUCUUGUUAUUCCAUGUGUUAAUAUUGCAUUUCUUACAAUUCUUGUUUUUUGUUUACCAAGUGAUUGUGGUGAAAAAUUAACUUUAUCGAUAUCAAUUUUUGUCGCACUUCAAGUGUUUUAUCUUCUUUUAAUUGACCUUAUACCUCCAACAUCAUUAACAAUAUCAUUACUAGGAACAUAUUUACUUUUUACAUUAGUACUUGUUAAUGCAUCUAUUUUUAUAACCAUAAUAACAUUGAAUAUUCAUUGGCGUCAUCCAAAUACUCAUCAUAUGCCUAAUUGGGUUAAACGAUGGUUUUUUCAAAUAAUACCACCAUUUAUAUUUAUGUCAAAACCACAUAUUGCUAAUGCUAUAUUACAAACAGACGAAGAACGCGGAAAAGAAGAAUUAGUUAAUAGUGACAAUAACCUAACACGUUUAAAUAAUUAUAUGAAAACAAUAUCAAUUGAUAAAUACCCACCGAUAAUUCAACAAGCAAUAAAAGAUAUUCGAUAUAUUAGUGAAACACAACGUGAAGCACAAAAAGAUGAUUUGGUUCGUAUUGAAAUUCUGUUUUCUUUUGUUAAUUUAAAAAUAAAACGAAAUUUUCAUUGUAGGAAAGAGAAGGGUGGCGAUUUAUUGCAUUAG